CAGAGCAUUAUUGUGACAAACUGGCUUGACCUGUUGCUGAGACUGAACCAUUCUAACUAGUCUGCUUUAGCACUUGACUAUGCAGUCACUCCUUAUGUCUGUGAAGAAAUGACUAACUGGGAUACCCCCUCAAGCGUCGGCUACCACCGAUGGAGGGACACAGACAGUGUGUCGUUCAGGCAUGGGGCAAGCAGGCUGUCCUCGCUCACAGAGGAGGAGUGUGGAGAUGAUGAGCUGUACGUCCAAGCUGUGCCAACUGUUCAGCAACAGGUAGAACUUGGGAGUGGACAACAACCUGCGACUAAGAGACAAGACGUUGUUGAUACAUUUACUGUGGAAGAGGCUGUGGAGGCCAUUGGAUUUGGAAGAUUUCAAUGGAAGCUUUCUAUGCUCACUGGAGUAGCAUGGAUGGCUGACGCCAUGGAGAUGAUGAUCCUGAGCAUCCUGGGCCCUCAGCUCCACUGUGAGUGGAGGCUGCCUAGCUGGGAGGUGGCCUUCAUCACCUCCGUCGUGUUCAUAGGGAUGAUGCUCAGCUCAUCCUUAUGGGGGAAUAUUUCUGACAAGUAUGGCAGGAGAGUGGGUCUGAUCACGUGUAUGGCGUGGACGCUGUACUAUGGUCUACUGAGCGCCUUCGCUCCAGUGUACGGCUGGAUUCUCAUCUUGAGAGGCCUAGUCGGCUUUGGCAUCGGAGGAGCACCACAGUCGGUAACGCUAUACUCAGAAUUCCUUCCAAGCAAGUCGCGAGCCACCUGCAUAAUGCUGAUCGAGAUCUUCUGGGCGCUGGGUGCGGUAUUUGAGGUGCUGCUGGCCAUGCUGGUGAUGCCCACUCUCGGCUGGAGAUGGCUACUGGCUUUCUCCACGCUACCUCUGGUGCUCUUUAUUACGCUGUGCUUUUGGCUUCCUGAGAGUGCUCGGUACGACGUGCUGACGGGCAACAGCAAGAAGGCACUGGUCACACUGAAGAGGAUAGCAAAGGACAACAGGAUGGAGCUGCCAAAGGGCAGGCUCAUAGCCAACCAACAGGAUGAACGUGGCAAGAUAAAGGACCUCCUGACUCCUGAGUACCGCAUGACCACUAUUCUGCUUUGGUUUAUCUGGUUUGCCAAUGCUUUUGCUUAUUAUGGUCUGGUCCUGCUAACGACAGAGCUCUUCCAGGCCGGUGAUAUAUGUGGAGUGCACACAGCAAGUGCCAAAGCAGAACCUCGUUGCAGUUUAGAAUGUUCCUACCUCACACUAGAUGACUACAAAGACCUCCUGUGGACAACCCUGGCUGAAUUCCCUGGGCUGUUUAUCACCCUUUGGGUGAUCGAUCGAAUUGGUCGAAAGAAAAGCAUGGUGAUGUGUUUCGUGGCCUUCUCAGUGUCUCUCCUGCCACUGUAUGCCUGCAUUGGGAGGAUAGCGCUGAUCAUUUUCAUCUUCAUUGCGAGAGCUUUUAUCACAGGUGGAUGGCAGGCAGCAUAUGUUUACACACCUGAGGUUUACCCGACAGUAACAAGAGCUGUUGGCAUUGGAACCAGCAGUGGCUUGGCAAGAGUUGGUGCUUUGCUUACUCCAUUUGUGGCACAGGUGCUACUGAGGUCAUCCGUCUACCUGACACUGUCUGUGUACUGUGUUUGCUCUUUGCUCGCUGCGGUGGCAGCUUGGUUCCUACCCAUCGAGACAGCAGGCCGGGCCCUACAGGAGUCCACUCAGCUUAAUAACAACAGCCCCCAGGACAUAAACAUGGCCAGUCCUCCGCCGGCCUCUCAGACCAGCUACGGUACACAGAAGGGCCACUCCCAAGAUCCAUGACACGGGGAGUGGACGGUACUUCCAUCACUGUUUCAUCCACAUGUCCAGUACAGUACUAGAGGAGUAGUUUGUGAUGUGUGGAUGGGGGAACUCCGAGGGCAUUCUGGGAGCACUAUGAUGCGGCUGCUGUAUUGGUUACAAGAAGAUAAUGAUGGUGGCUGCUGGUCUGGGUGGUGUAGAUUAAAACGGCAUGUGUUUCAGAAUAAGUUGCCGUUGGCUGGGACUGGGAUAUCCCAUACACUAGGCCUACUCAGCAUAAAGUUGUAUGUGGUUUUGCCUGAUUCAGCCAGCAUGACUCUAUUCACCUGUAGCCAUGAUCAGAACAAGUCAGCUGUAUUGUUAUUCCAAAUCUCCUCUUUAUUUAUUUAUUAUCUGUUAUGAUGUUGUAUUUAAGUCAGACUAAGAAUUUGGUCCUGUCACCAGUGUUCUUGUUGCUGCUGUACACAGCACCACAUGUGUUCAGUCCCCAUGGACAAUAAAUUCUGUUCAAAUCACUACUGUAAUCACUUUAAAGAGCGUUGGAUCAAACAUCAAUAAAGGUAUGCA